AUGGUAGUCGCGAAACAAUGUCCUUACGAGGAAAUUCGUCUGAGAAGAGUGGAAGAGAACAAGAAACGAAUGGAAGCUCUCAAUCUUCCAAAGCUCUCUCAAAAUCUCCAUUCGAUCUCUGUCAAGAAGACUUCCCCAAUGAAGAAAUCUACUCUUCGGACAAGAGAGAAGCAGCUGAUUGAUGUUCAACGAGUGAAGAUACCCAGAAGGGUGUGCAGCAGGAGAGGGAGAGAUUUCUMCAAUGGAGUUUAUGUGUCUGAUGAGUGCAGAGAAGAGGCCAUAUCAAGAGCUGAGAAAUUGCAGGCUGAUUUGGGUAGUGAAUUCCCCAUUUUCGUUAAGUCCAUGCUUCCCUCACAUGUUUCUGGUGGCUUCUGGCUGGGUCUUCCAUCUCAUUUCUGCAAAUCACAGCUCAGUAAACAAGACGGUGUCAUGACUUUGAUAGAUGAAGAAGGCGAGGAGUUUGAGACCGUGUACUUAGCGAGAAAGACUGGACUUAGUGGUGGAUGGAUGGGUUUUGCGAUUGCUCACAAUCUAGCAUAUGGAGAUGCACUUGUUUUCCAGCUAGUUCGAGCUAACGCCUUCAAGGUUUACAUUACAAGAGUUGGAGGAAGUUCUGAAGAAAGCCAAAAGAUAUGA